AUGCAGUCCACAACAGCAGGACUCUGGGGUAAAUCUGACCUGAAGGAGGCCAGCCGCUUCUCUCUGCUGUUUUCCCAGCUGUGGUCGGGACAAUGGGCCUCGCGCAUGACUGAGCCAUUGGGAUUUUCUCCCAAACGGCUGCAUUCUUGUAUCUCAGACGCUGGACAGAAAUGUGGAGAGCUCAUGGAGAGAGACGGCUACGAGACGGACGCAAACCUGGAGCUGCAGAAGGAUGGGCCUCAGGUGGACUCUGCACCGGGGGAGACUGAAGAUGUGCCGAGAUGGCGUUUAGAAAUGACAGGUCCCAGAGCAGAGCAGACGCACACCACACUCCACUCCUCUCUCUGCGCCUGCUGCUCCACUGCCGCAAAGAUGCGAGUCCUAGUUUCGGUGACGCUGCUGCUGCUUCUGGCCCUGAGUCUUAGCGCUGAAGCCGGACGAGGAAAACUCAAAGGAAGCAAAGGGAAAGACCGAGCCAAGGCAGCCUCCGAGUGCACCCCAGCAGAGACCGAGUAUGGGAAGUGCAUCCCGGAGCAGGGCGACUGUGGAGAGGGCCAGAGGGACGUCACAUGCAAGGGCCAGACCAGCCAGAUCCUCUGCAAGAUCCCCUGCAACUGGAAGAAAGAGAUCAGUGACUGCAAGUACAAGUUUGGCCCCUGGGGACCCUGCGACGCUGCCACCAACACAAAGAGCCGAUCGGGAAACCUGAAGAAGGCCCUGUUCAACGCCGACUGCCGAGACACCGUGAGCGUGUCCAAGCCCUGCUCCCCCAAAGUCAAGAAGACGAGAGGAGACAAGAAAACUGCUUAA